AGAAAUUAAGAUGAUGAGGUCCCUGAACAUUUAUGCUAAAUAAGCUAAUUUCAAUCUAGUUUUCUAACUAAUUUAUUGCAGUAGAAUCACAUCAAAAUUUUAGCAGUGUGUUCAAAUCACAAUGAAGCAUACUAAACCAGAGAAGAAAUAUACUGUAUAAUCAAUGUCUUAUAUCAUGAAGAGAAAUUAAGAGAAUUAUUUAUGGGAUGAAUUAGUUCUCUGCCCCCUAACUAAGCAGCACCACGCACCUAUGAGAGGUUUCAUAACGAAGAAAGCAACAAUAUUGAUACCAUGGACUCACCCAACUCUUAACCUACGCCACCCCACCCUUGAAUCCUUCGUGUGGAACAACCUCAUCCGCUCAACUACCCUCCAACCACCACUCUCCAUCUACCUCCGCAUGCGCCGCCAUGCCAUCGUCCCAGACCUCCACACUUUCCCUUUCCUCCUCCCUUCCCUCACCCACCUCCCCCUUGCGCACUCUCUUCACGCCCACACCUUCCUUUUCGGCCUCCACACUCAUCCAUUUACCCAAACCUCCCUCAUUGCCAUGUACUCUUCCUGUGGAUGCCUCAACUCUGCACGCCAAGUGUUUGAUGAAAUUACUCUACCGGAUGCCCCCUCUUAUACCGCUGUAAUUCAUGCGUAUUGCAAGGGUGGUAUGGUAGAUAUUGCUCGGAGGAUGUUUGAUCAGAUGACUGACAAGAAUGUGUUGUCCUAUAGCUGCAUGAUCAAUGGCUAUGUUAAGUGUGGUGAGCACGCGGCUGCGCUCGGUUUGUUUCGCAAUUUGCUUGCGUUGGAAGGUAGUGGAGCAGGUAGUGAAAUCAAGCCGAAUGAGUUCACUUUCUCUGCGGUGCUGUCUGCUUGUGCAAAACUGGGUGCACUUCAACAUGGGAAGUGGGUUCAUGCUUAUAUUGGUAGGUGUGGAAUGAGGAUCGAUGUUGUGUUGGGGACAGCUUUGAUUGAUAUGUAUGGGAAGUGUGGGGAUGUUGAGAGGGCGAGAUGCGUGUUUGAUGAGAUUGGGCAUGAUGAGAAGGAUGUGAUGGCUUGGAGUGCAAUGAUCUGCGCUUUUGCGAUGCAUGGGCGAACAGAGGAAUGCCUUGAGAUGUUUGGGAGGAUGGUUGAUGAUGGGGUGAGUCCUAAUGCUGUGACAUUUGUGGGUGUUCUUUGUGCUUGUGUGCAUGGUGGGUUGGUUAGGGAAGGGGAUGAGUUUUUCAAGAGGAUGGUGACUGAGUAUAGUGUUAGACCAUUGAUCCAACAUUAUGGAUGCAUGGUGGAUUUGUACGGAAGAGCAGGGCGCAUCGAUGAUGCUUGGAAUGUGGUGAAAUCGAUGCCUAUGGAGCCUGAUGUGAUGAUAUGGGGUGCUCUGCUUAGUGGGGCUAGGAUGCAUGGAGACAUUGAAACGUGUGAGGUAUCGAUAAAGAAGCUUCUUGAGUUGGAUCCUUCAAAUAGUGGUGCCUAUGUGCUUCUUUCUAAUGUGUAUGCAAAGCUUGGAAGGUGGAGGGAAGUGAGGCAUUUGAGAGAGCUUAUGGAGGCUAGGGGAAUCAAGAAAGUUCCAGGAUGUAGUUUGGUGGAGAUCGACGGCGUUCUUCAUGAGUUUUUCGUGGGAGACGAUUCUCAUCUAGAAACACAAGAUAUAUAUAGGAUGCUUGAUGAGAUUAUGAAGAGGCUGAAGAGGCAAGGUUAUGUUGGUGACACAAGUGAGGUGUUGCUUGAUUUGGAUGAGGAAGGAAAAGAGUCUGCGUUAUCUCUUCACAGCGAAAAACUUGCAAUUGCUUAUUGCUUCCUCAAGACAAGGCCAGGCACCACAAUAAGGAUUGUGAAGAACUUGAGGAUUUGUAAGGAUUGUCAUGUUGCAAUCAAGAUGAUGUCUAGGGAAUUUAACAGGGAGAUAAUUGUUAGAGAUUGCAACCGUUUUCACCAUUUUAAGAAUGGGGCGUGUUCUUGCAAAGACUAUUGGUAAGUACAAUAGAGAACUCGGCUGUUUUCCACGUUAAAAUCUCAAAACAAUGAAGAAAAGUUUGGUCAAUCAUUUCGUUUUUAGUUAGAGUUCUCAAAUCAAGUCAUGACAUGGUAAUAUUUAGGGUUUAAGUUGAGUGAUUAAUUGAUUGGAAGAGAAUUGGAAGGAGUGAUGUCCAUAAUCAUCCAAUUGGAUUACUCAGUGAGUCUCUGAUUCUUACAUGAGAUUUGGACACUAUUAAAGUCCCUUAGACCUUAAAGAAGGAUAUGAGAUAGAUGUCCAAGUAAAGUAAUGAAGUUUCUGCAUUUUUCAUGAGAAGGAAGGCUUAAGAGGGGUUAAAACUAGAAGCUGGAAGAAGCUACUAACCUUGGCUCAAUUAACAACUACAGUGAUAUUUUUUUUUAUCAUUAGUGUACAUGCAUUAUCAACUUGCUUAUGGUUUUACAUGAGACAAAAUAAGGGAAGAUGGUAAUUGUACUGUUGUAACAAAUGAUUAUAAUAACAUUUCAAC